CGCUGGGCCUUUGCUGGUCAAAUGACAAGACUUGCCUGUAAAGAGAGUCAUCGAUUUCCAUCGAGUCUUCAGCCAUGCUGAGAGGGGAACAGGCUGGCAAAUCAACUGCUACAGAGAUAUCGAGACUUUCGAGACGUCCUCCCUCUAAUCAUAUUGGCCAGUGACCUUCAGGCCCCUCCCACUCAACCGGAGGCCAACUUCUGGACACAGCAGGUUCACAACCUCAAAGUACCGCCGCCAUCUCUCGGACUGUCACCUCCCCUGUGCUUUACUUUCUGUUGGCAAUGUGGUGCAGUCGCGUGGCACUGCGUCAGCUCCAGCGGGCGUCCGUCAAGCCGCUGACUCUCACUGGGGCUCCGGCAGGCUUCACACAGAGGGACAUGUCAACUCCACCUCGGGUGUAUGUCACCCGCCAGAUCCCAACAGAGGGCCUGAGGAUCCUCCACGAAUCUGGACAAGUGCAGUUUGAGCUGUGGGACUCCGAUGACGUCCCAGUGCCGAGGGCGGAGCUUCUUCAGAAGGUCAAAGGUGUCGAUGCCCUCCUCUGUGUACUGACCGAGAAGAUUGAUGCCGAACUCCUGGACGCUGCAGGUCCCAACCUGAAGGUCCUCAGCACCAUGUCUGUGGGCUUUGACCACCUCUCUCUGGAGGAGCUGAAGAGAAGAGGAAUCCGUGUUGGUUACACACCUGACGUUCUGACAGACGCUGUCGCUGAACUGACAGUGGCUCUGCUGUUAGCAACUUCCAGGAGGCUCAUCGAGGCCACACACGAAGCCAAGACUGGAGGCUGGGGGACUUGGAGAACUCUGUGGCUGUGUGGACAUGAGUUGGCCAACAGCACUGUGGGUAUUUUAGGCCUGGGGAGGAUUGGUGUGGCUAUCGCUGAACGCCUGGCUCCUUUCAAAGUGAAAAAGUUCAUCUACACAGACACGGCUCCUCGCCCCGACCUGGCCAGUGACAUUAAUGCAGAGUACGUCUCGUUUGAUGAGCUGGCGAAGCGGUCAGAUUUCCUGUUGGCGUGUUGCGCUUUAACACCUGAAACGCAUCUGAUCUGCAACAAGAACCUUUUCUCCAAGAUGAAAACAAACUCCAUCUUCAUCAACACAAGCAGAGGCGGUGUGGUGAAUCAAGAGGACCUGUACGAGGCACUGGCCACUAAUCUGAUUGCGGGCGCGGGAUUAGACGUGACCGUCCCUGAGCCUCUACCCACUGACCAUCCACUGCUUACCCUCAAAAACUGUGUGAUUCUGCCACACAUCGCCAGUGCCUCCUACAGCACCCGCAACGCCAUGUCCAGCCUGGCGGCAAACAACCUCCUGCUCGGCCUUCGCGGUCAACCAAUGAUCAAAGAGCUCAAACUGUGAGCUUCUGCUCAGGAGAACUUGCAAUAAAAUCAAACAUAAAUGAA